UCAGGAAAAGUUCAUCAACAAAGUUCAGAUUGUUGUAUUGCACAGUGUUGUGCAAUAUGUAGAGUAUAGAGAGUUCUCCGAUUUGAGUUAAGGUUGUAGUAAGAGCAAGAACGGAACUGUGCGUUUUCAGUCGUUACAAACAAGAAGACAACCUUGAAAAGCACCAUGCCACAGCGAAGCAGUCCAGCGACCCUGAAACACCUGAGUAUCGUCAGCAUUGCCACCCACAUGGACAACCUGUGGGCAGCUGACUAUAUCCACAACUACCUGGACCAGUAUAACUUCUGGUACAUAAUCGGGCCGUUUGACACUCUUCCUUCCCAUUUGAUCCAAGAGCUGAUUGAGUUCUUGGUGCAGAAGAGACAGCUGGGCAGGCGGCACCUGCACCUGAUGAUCCACCAGCACCUGGAGAGUCUGCACCUGGGCAAGUGUAGCAGCUGCAUGACAGAUGCCAUCAUCAAGCUGGUGCAGAUCAGAUGCAAGAAGUUGAAGAAGCUGGACCUCUCCAGAUGUAACCGCCUGACCUCCUACGCCAUGUCCAUGGCCCUGAGUUACCUGCCCAAACUUGUCUACCUCAACCUGUACAGCACCAACUGUACUGACGAAGUCCUGGGGACCAUCGGUGCCAUCUGUGUCCACCUACGAGACCUCAACAUCUGUAAGACUCACGUAACAGACAAGGGGAUAGUUUCCCUGUGUGGGGGUGGUGAUAGCGUUCGCGGGUGUAGAAAGCUGGUCAGUCUCGACGUCUCGUUCAGUCCAAAAGUGACCAUCAAAGGGGUCAAACACGCUCUGAGACAACUGCCGAACCUACGACAGUUACUACACAACGACGUGUGUGACGCUUUGGUUGCUCUACACGAAGAAGCAUUCAAGGAGGGGAAGACGGCGCCACCUUACCAGUUGCGUAGCGGAACGGUCAACGAUUUCGUGGUCCCGGUUAGUUUCCUUGAGAUCGUCGAUCUCGUUUGUCCCUACUUGGAGUACAUCUUCGUACUUAACGAGAAUCUUGAAGGUGAAGUGCUUCAUCACAUAUCAAGGUUGACACGCCUACGAAACCUCUCGGUAUCGUGUACAGACUCUGUCGUGCCUUUCAGUGAAGGACUUGUGCCCCUCCUUAACAGUGUUGGCCAUGGACUUGAAACCCUCACCCUGUAUGGUUACGACGACAUCGACGUCAUUGCCAUCGGUCAGUCUUGUCCGAACUUGCAGACCCUCACCCUCGAGAGCUGCCGUGGCUUCAAACUCAAACAUGCCCAAGCCGCUACGUCAACCACCUUGUUCGGCAACUUGAAAUCUUUCAGGCUAGGGGUAGAGGUUAUUUCUUCUACACACGACACGGCGGUACCUGAAAGUCUGAAGAUUAUCCUCGAAGAUAGUCGUCAGAUUGAGAAUGUCGAGAUCACAAACGUUGACGGAUUCACCGAUCAGUUGUUCAGGCACGUGUUGAGCCACAACAGCUUUGCAAGGCUGCGAGAGUUUGCCCUGAUUGAUUGUAACAAUGUCACGGGUGCAAGCAUCUUCGAGCUGUUAGAAGGAAAGAACCGGCUUCAAAGACUGGUGCUGUUGAACUGUAAGGAAGUUAUGAGGAGAGACUAUGAUAUGAUGAUGAAGACUGUUGCAAGUCAGCACUUUCAACUGGAAAUUACAUGGACGUAGAUUUUUUGGCAAUACCUCAGGAGCGGGGCCUGGACAUAGAAUUUU